AUUAUUAUUACCAAGCACAUAACACUUAUUCUCUACUACAUGCAAACCAUCAAAAGUUGCACAUAAAUCACAACAUGGCUUCUUUUACAUCAUCCUUGCUACCAAAUCAUAAGUUCCGAAUCAAACUAUUGUUCUUCCUGAUCUUAAACCUCUUCCAUCUUCAUACGUUAGUUUUUGCUAAUUCAUCUAACUCUAAGUUCUCAAAAUUCUCAAGACACCCAAACUCAGAGUCAUCAUCAUCGAGAAGAACCAAACACUCAAACGAUGGGUUUCUCAACUCAGUCCAAAGCAGCUUGGACCAGGCUCUCUUAGCCCGUUCUCUCGCCUUCAGACUCACGCUCUCGCAGCGUACUUCUCAAACCCUCAUGCUCGAUCCUGUCGACGACUGUCUUGAGCUGCUAGACGACACACUCGACAUGCUGUCUCGCAUCGUUGUCAACCCUAAAGAUCAUGCAAAUGAUGAUGUCCAUACGUGGCUAAGCGCUGCGUUGACUAAUCAAGAGACUUGUAAGCAAAGCCUCAGUGAGAAAACGAGCUUCCAUAAAGAAGGGUUCACGAUUGAUCCGGUUGUAAGUAACCUCACCAGUUUACUAACCGAUUCGCUAGACAUGUUCGUUUCCUCUAAGCCGAAACGUCGUGAAAAUGGUGGCCGGAAACUAUUGUCCGGUCAGGAUUAUCCAACGUGGGUUUCUUUGUCGGACCGGAGGCUUUUGGAAGCUUCGGUGGAAGAGCUGAGACCUCACGCCGUGGUGGCUGCCGACGGAAGCGGGACACACGUGAGCGUAGGGGAAGCGUUGGCGUCUUUGGAGAAGGGGAGUGGUGGCAGAAGCGUCAUCCACUUAACAGCUGGAACCUAUAAAGAGAAUCUGAAUAUUCCGACCAAGCAGAAGAACGUCAUGUUGGUUGGUGACGGUAAAGGCAAAACAGUUAUUGUCGGUAGCAGAAGUAACAAAGGCGGCUACGAUACUUACCAAUCCGCUACUGUCGGUGGGUUUUCCUUACCAUUUUAUCAUUACAAAAAUCAGAAUAUUAAUUAAUUUGGACAUUCAUAAAAAAGAAAAUUCGGACAAAUCUCAUUAAUAUUAUUUUUUCUCAAAGCAAAAAAACAUUAUUUAUCACAAAGUAGCAUACAUAGACAAUAUUUCAAUUCUAAUUUUGAAAAUGAUGGGGUUACAUAUGCAAAUUACAAAUAUCAUUUAUCAAACAUAAAGAUAAUUAUCUAAACUCUAAAUUGAAACAAAAUUCAAAUAAAAUAUGUAUAUUUUAUAUAUAAUUUAAUAUUCAUGUUUUAACUAUUUUGUUUCAUGGUUGUCUUGAAUUUUUUUAACUUUCAUAUCUCCUUUUUAAUGUUCGAAAGAUCGUUAUUAUGCGUUUUAUAGACGAC